AUGUACAAGGUAUUGGAGCGCAUUAUCCUGGACGGACUCAUUAAACAUCGCGAAGAAACAACGCGCGAUGAGCAAACUGGCUUUCGUCCUGACCGAUCUACGACUGACCAGGUGUUCAUCGUCAGGAGAGUGAUCAAAAUCUGGCAGCGGUAUUCGAAGCCAAUGCAAUUAGGGUUUGUGGACUUUGAAGCCGCGUUCGACUCUCCUCGCCGAAGCCGUCUUCUCAACGCGCUCUGCGCCGAUGGAGUACCAGGAAACACCAUCAGGACACGCCUUGACCCAUCUCGAUACGACGAUGUUGUUAUAUUCGCGGAAAGCAGUACGAAACUUCAACAUGUUGUCAACCUUGUAUCGAAGCUUGCUGCAGCCUAUGGACUACGUCUUCACCCUGAUAAAUGCAAGCAGAUGUGGAUCUCUUCGAGACCUCGAACGAGAAUCAACGUGGACGGACAACCGAUAGAACUCGUUGAUGAGUUCUGUUACCUGGGCUGUACGCUGAAGAACAACGGCAGCUACGAGAGAGAUGUUCAGCAAAGAUGCGCUAAGGCCAUUUCUGCAUUUACCUCCUUAACGAAAUGCCUGUGGUCGACCCCCAUCACCAACGAAGUCAAGCUGCGGGUCUACCUAUCCGCAGUUCGCCUAAUCAUGACGUACGGAUCGGAGACUCCAUUACCAUCUACGGUAAUGGAGAGGCUUGUUUGCAGGAAAAGGAAGCUACUUAGACGGCUGCUAGACAACUUUUGGCCUAGGAUAUGCCACAGUGAAGAUGUUCACGCGCAAGUGGAUAUGGUGUACCAGUGA